CUGGAUACUGGAUAGUGGAUAGUGGAUAGGAGGAGCCGCGCUGCGCCGCGACGCGCUGCUUCUCACCUCUGACUGAAUCAUCUCCACCUCUCAACCCGCAACUUGUCCCGCGCCAGGAUGGCUGCGCUCGGCCGUCCUCGGAGCCGCUGAGGCGUCACCAGGAAUGGAACCGGCAGUGACUGGAGGGAGCUUAUUGGGCGUCGGUGAUGUUUGAAUUCACGGCUACAGAAACGGAGCCCAGCUCGCCGGUGCGCUCGCGGAGACGACACGCGGACAUGUGAAUGAGAGGAAUCUCGCUCCCAGGCUGAGAUCACAACUGCUUUGAUUGUUUUUUUGUUAACAACCUUGAAACGGCGAAUCCUCACCAGGAGAUUCAUUGAGCGUUUUUUUUAUAUCCUUUAAAAAAAAUCCUUUUACUCUUUUCUUUAUUUUCUUUUUCUUUAUUUUUGUUUUACUUGAGGACGAAUUCAUGCGCCGAUAGCUCACGAGGCCAAUAUGCCAGGAUGGGUCCUUUACAAUAUUUCUUUCUCUGUGGACUUCUGUACACCCAAACCCACGCAUCCCGUCUUCGCCAAGAAGACUUCCCCCCUCGCAUUGUUGAACACCCUUCUGACCUCAUCGUAUCCAAAGGGGAACCAGCAACUUUCAACUGCAAAGCAGAAGGCCGCCCGACCCCCACGGUGGAAUGGUAUAAAGAUGGGGAGCGUGUGGAGACGGACCGGGAUAACCCCCGCUCCCAUCGUAUGCUGCUGCCCAGCGGGUCGCUCUUCUUCCUACGUAUUGUCCACGGACGACGGAGCAAGCCAGAUGAUGGCAGCUAUGUGUGUGUGGCCCGGAACUACCUGGGAGAAGCUGUAAGCCGGAACGCCUCUCUCGAAGUGGCAUUGUUGCGUGAUGACUUCCGGCAGAACCCACAAGACGUGGUGGUGGCGGUUGGGGAGCCGGCUAAUUUCGAGUGUCAGGCUCCACGAGGGCAUCCUGAACCUACCACCUUUUGGAGGAAAGAUAAAACUCGUGUCGACCUCAAGGAUGACAGAAUCACGGUUCGUGGAGCAAAGCUGACUAUCUCUAAUUCUAAGAAGAGUGAUUCGGGGAUUUAUGUGUGCGUGGCCUCUAACAUGGUUGGAGAGCGAGAAAGCGAGAAAGCUCAACUCUCUGUGUUUGAACGACCAGCGUUUGUGCAGCGGCCCGUGAACCAGGUGGCUUUAGUCGACGAGAGUGUGGAGUUUAGGUGUCAGGUCCUCGGUGACCCCCCACCUGCACUACGCUGGAAAAAGGAUGACGUGGAUAUCCCUCGGGGCAGGUAUGACAUCAGAUAUGAAAGAGAGGACUUCCUCUUGAGAAUUAAAAAGUCAUCAGUCAGCGAUCAGGGAACCUUCACUUGCGUAGCAGAAAACCGCGUGGGUAAAGCCGAGGCUUCUGCCUACCUGACUAUCAGAGCUCGCCCCGUUGAGGCACCUCAGUUUGUGGUGCGACCGCGGGACCAGAUUGUGGCUCAAGGGCGAAGCGCUACCUUUCCCUGUGAGACCAAAGGCAAACCCCUGCCCACUGUCUUCUGGCAACGAGAGGAUAGCAAGGACCUUCUGUUCCCCAAUCAGUCUGCACAAGGGGACAGCCGCGUGUCUGUGUCUGUGAAGGGAGAGCUGACCAUCUCAUCUGUACAGCGCUCAGAUGCAGGGUAUUACAUCUGCCAAGCCCUCACUGUGGCAGGUAGCAUCAUGGCCAAGGCCCAGCUUGAGGUAGCAGACGCCCUGAAGGACCGCCCACCACCUAUCAUUCGGCAGGGCCCUUCCAACCAAUCGCAGGCCCUGGGAGGUGCGUCCCUACUUCGCUGCCAGGCGUCCGGGGAGCCAGAGCCUACAGUUACGUGGCGAAAGAACGGGGCAAAUCUGCUUGGAAAAGACCCCCGCUUUUCCUUGCUGGAGCACGGCAGCCUUCAGAUUCAGAAUGCCAGGCUGUCUGACUCAGGGUUGUACACCUGUAUUGCUACCAGCUCCAGCGGAGAGACAUCAUGGAGUGCCUACUUGGAUAUCGGAGACUCCACUGACCUCAUGGCUUUCGUGUCUCACAAUGCAACCGCCCUCCCAGGGCCUCCCUCCAAGCCAGAGGUCACCGAUGUCACCAAGAGUAGCAUCUCAUUGUCAUGGGAACCGGGGCCAGAGGCGGGCUCCCCCGUGUCCUCGUAUGUCAUUGAGGCUUUCGGUCAGUCAGUGAGUAACAGUUGGCAAACAGUGGCUGACCAUGUGAAGACCACCGAGUUCACGGUGAGGGACCUCCGACCCAAUACUGUGUACCUGUUCAUCCUCAGGGCGGUCAACGCUCAGGGGCUGGGUGACCCCAGUCCCAUGUCUGAGCCUGUUCGGACUCAAGAUAUUAGUCCCACAGCUCAGGGAGUGGACCACCGCCGCGUGCAGAAGGAGCUGGGGGACGUCCUGGUCAACAUGCAUAAUCCUGUGGUCCUUAGCUCCACUUCAGUGCAAGUCACAUGGACUGUGGAAAAUCCAUCCCAGUUCAUUCAGGGCUACCGAGUUCUGUUCCGGCAGACUUCAGGGCUGCCCUCUCCAGGACCGUGGCAGAUUCAGGACCUGAAGGUUGCCUCAGAGAGGGACAUAACCCUCUCUGGUCUGAAGAAAGGCAUUGUCUAUGAGAUUAAAGUGCGGCCAUACUUCAAUGAGUUCCAGGGUGCAGACAGCGAAUCCAUGACAGCGCGUACCAUGGAAGAAGCCCCCGGUGCUCCUCCUCAGCAAGUGACAGUGUUGACAGUGGGGAACCACAACAGCACCUCCAUCAGCGUGUCAUGGGACCCCCCUCCCUCCGACCAGCAGAACGGCAUCAUCCAGGAGUACAAGAUCUGGUGUUUGGCGAACGAUUCCCGCUUUCAUGUCAAUAAAUCUGUGGACGCAACCAUCCGUUCGGUGGUAGUCGGGGGCCUGCAGACGGGGGUGCAGUACCGUGUGGAGGUGGCUGCGAGCACCAGCGCAGGGGUGGGGGUCCAGAGUAAGCCCCAGCUCAUCAUCUUAGGUGCAGAGCUGAAAGAUGUAAUGACAGGAUCGGAAGGCAACAAUAGCAUCUCCGACGUGGUGAAGCAGCCAGCCUUCAUCGCCGGCUUGGGAGGGGCCUGCUGGAUUGUCCUCAUGGGCUUCAGUGCCUGGCUGUACUGGAGGAGAAAAAAGAGGAAGGGGCUGAGCAACUAUGCAGUUCAGUCCUUCACUUUCACUCGAGCAGUUACCUUCCAAAGAGACAGAGGCCUGAUCAGAAAUGGAAGCCGUCCGGGGCUCUUGAAGGCGGGAGAUCCAGGCCUCCCCUGGCUGGCAGACUCCUGGCCUUCCACGAGCCUCCCGGCCAACGGAGGCUUAGGGAGUCCGAAGGGCGGGAACAACUUUGGCCGAGGAGAUGUCUUGCCGUCUGCAGCAGUGGAGAAAACGGGCACCAUGCUGUCUGAUGGAGCCAUCUACAGCAGCAUCGACUUCAUGGGGAAGGGAGGCUACAGCAGCCCGGCGCGAGGUGGUCAGCCCACCCCCUACGCCACCACUCAGAUCCUGCAGUCCAACAGCUUCCACGAGCUGGCCGUGGACAGGCCGGAUCCCCGCUGGAAGGCUUCGCUCCAAGCCCAGCAGGAAAUAGCAAACAUGGGCUACUCGCUGACUGACAGACGCCCCGGCGGUGGUGCAAAGGUGGCGAAGAAAAAGAAGGUUAAAGGUGGAGCGAAAGCAGCCAAAUCAAACGGAACAUGUUGGGCUAACAUGCCGCUGCCUCCACCUCCCAUGCAUCCUCUGCCAGGGACGGAGGUCGACCUUGACCGGUACCCCCAGGAAAGCCACGGAGGAGGAUAUGACAACAACAGUUGGGCCCCACCGAUGUCGGUCCACCACGGCUACCGGCACCAGAGUUUGGACAACGAGGUCGAGGAGGAGAGGGGUCCCACUCCUCCUCUGAGAGGAAGAUCCUCCUCGCCGGCGACAGCUUCCUUCAGCCAGCCCUCCUCCUCCUCCCUCAGCUCUGGUCACCAUGAGGAAAUGCAGUCCAUCUUGCAGGCCCACUUAGACGAGCUGACCAGAGCGUACCAGUAUGAAGUGGCCAAGCAGGCGUGGCAUAUGAAGACCAGUCCCAACGUGUCCAACUCUCCCAUGGACUUCAUGUCCAGUACACUGGGCUCUGACUUGGGAGCCACUCUCCUUUCCGAAGAGGACGAGGAGGAAGAGGAGGAUGAAAGAUAUGCAGUGGUGUCAAAGAAUCUGUGUGGCUUUGAAUACACACCAGGUCACAGCACAGAUAGCCUUGAGGGCUCAGGCAAAGCCCCACAGCAGUGCCAGCCAGAUACAUUUGGCACAGCAGACCACGGCGCACCGAGCACACAUAGCCUCGGACACAAGAGGGCACCACUCACCGGCCACAAACCUCACACAGACAACGUUGGAACUCUUCCUAGACGAAGAGACACCAACACAGACGCAGCUCCCGCAGCAGCCAUGAAGUCCCUGCACGGCAUGGGGUCCCACAUGCACAGCUCGUGGGCAGCUGCGGCCUCGGACCCUUCUGACGAGUGCAUGGUCACCGUGUCGACGCUAGAGAGGCAGCAUAUGGCUUCUUGGAGUGGCACGGCAUCAUCCGGCAGGGCCACCCUUGGUAGGGGUUCUCAGAAAAGACCUGGCACAGACCUCCCCCACAACGGGCAUCCCUCCACUAAUGGCACAGAAAAAAGAGAACACUAGUCUGUGUGAAGCACCGUCCCCUGCAGUUGUGACCUGUCCCUGGACACCGUGUUUAUAAGCGCUAUGAGAUUUCUUUUUCUCCACGAGAACGAUGUUUAGAAGAUGGAGAGGACAUAAAACAAAGGAAGAAACAAAAGAAUGCUAAAUGAAAUGCAGAGCUGUAAAUGUCAUGUACAGCCACAGACGCCACUCUCACCGUGUUAUUUUCAUCCCCCUCUUCAAAAGAGCAAACAGUACCUUCUUCUUUUUUGUCUGCUUGGGUUUUCUGUCACAUGUGUACAACGGUUCACGCGCUGGAGAUGAAGAAGAAAAUACACAACAAAAUGACUCAUUGAAAUUAAGGAGGACUUGCAAAAAUUGUAAAUAUAUUUUUAAUGUUCUUUUCUCUUUCUUCUCAUUUGCUAUGCAAGCCAAACCCGAUGUUGUAUCUUUUUGUGAUUUAUUACCGUGAGUCAUUUCCCAUGAAUGCUCAAACUGUUAGCUUAUUUUGAUGAAGCUUCUGUAUCGGUGUAUUUUGCACAGAGCGUUUUGGUGAAAAUAAGCACAAACUUAUGGUCAGAUGAGCUGAGGAAGAGGAUCAUGGUGGCAAAGAGGGACAUUUACAGUAUAUUAACCACAACCGAACCAGAGGGUCCAGUAUAUAUUUGGCUGACAGGUACACGCUUGGAACUAAUAUGCCAAAUGAUAACUAACAAUGUUUCAUAUUUCAUGCUAUGAAUCUCAUUAUACGUUACACUAACAAGGGUUCUCAGCAAAUGAUAACCAAAUCAUGUUUUAUAAAAAACAAACACAUUAAUUGUGCUAUCCAAAGCAAAGGCAGAAAACAGCGGACACUUCUUUGCCAUUCCGAAAAAAAUCAUCUAAAUAUAUGGCAUCUUUGUGGGGUUUUUCAACUUACUUCUAGUGACAUGAUGAUCGUGCAAUAUCCAGGAGACAAUAUGACUGGAAAUGGAAAUGGGAAUAUAAAAAGUGACUUUUAGGAAGUCAAUAUCACCUUGGAGGGGGCGGAGACAGAUUAAUUAAAGCGCCCUUAAUUUAUCUGCAGACAGACGAACACAAUGCAGGACUUAAAACAAUUAUGUGUGAUGUCGAACAUAAACAAGUCCUGUUCUAACGUGUCGCAACACUGCUGAAUGGUUACAUUUACACUAUUAUCUUACAACAAUGUGUAGACUUUAAUUAGGAUUUCCUGCCUAUGAGAUUCAAAUUGCAAAGUCUUCACGCCGCCCUCACAACUGUGGGGAAGGUUACGUUCUGAUUAUUUUCUCUUAUAAUGGCUCACCCUUUGAAGAAUCUUUACAUGACCGACUGGUUUGCCCCGAGGAAUACACAGCCACUUACAGUAGGGGCAUUUCCUCUUCUUUUUUUUUUUUCCAAAAUAAAGCAAAAUAAAAUGUGUGUGUGAAAAUGAACCAGAUUUCUCUUCAUAAAUCAGCAACACUCUUUGUAUUGGCCGAGAGAGGUCAAAUUAGGGGUGGGAAUCGUAUUUUAUUUUACAUUACGCAGUGAAUGAAAUCAUAAUGUGGAUUUUUGCAUAUACUGCUUUCACAUCCAGCUACAAAUACACUUCCCACAUGAAGCUUUUCUUUCAAUACACAGUUUUAUAUAUUGCGCUUGUGUUAAAAAUGCUACUGUCCACGUUGCAUUGUAUAGGGCAUGCUUUCAAUUAAA